GCUUAACCUAGGGCCCGUACAUGUACUCCCUCUUCCGCGACGAGAAACGCCUCGACGAACGCACCGUCGCCGCCCUGUACAUCACGACGUACGUCUCCGCGGCCAUCUCCGCGCUCGUCACGGGGUACCUGGCCGACGUGUUCGGCAGACGCGCGGCGUGUCUGGCCUUCUGCGCGAUCCACGCUCUCGCCUCCAUCUCCGUCACGUUCGACGCGAUGGCGGUUUUGGUAGCUGGCAGAGUGCUGGCGGGCGUGGCGCUGAAUCUGCUCUGGACGGCGUUCGAGAGCUGGAUGGUUACGGAGUAUAACGCGCGCGGGCUGGAUAGGAGCGGGGUAUCGCUGAGCGCGAUGUUUGGGGCGAUGACGAAGUAUAAUUGUAUCACGGCGAUAGUUGCGGGGGUUUUGGGGCAUUGCGUGGUCCUGGCUUUGGGAUCGAAGUGCGAUCCGUUCGUUCUUGGGGUGGGUUUAGAUGCUUGUGCUGCGGCGCUGAUGAUCUGGACGUGGAAUGAAAAUACUGGAAUUGGUGUUACCCCUGACGCGUAUGCUUAUAACAGCAGCUUACACGAUGACACGACUGGCGAUGAUAAUAAAGGGGCGAUUGGAUCAUUGAAGGACAUGAGGAUAUGGGUGCUCAGCUUUGCCUCAUGCUGUUUCGAAGGAGCAAUAUUCAUCUUCACGUUCUUCUGGCCCGGGACACUACAAGAAGCACAUGAUAGGGAGCACCCGGUCGAUCACGAUGCGACCCCCUACGGCGUGGUCUUCGCCACCUUCAUGGCGUCCAUGGUCCUCGGCGCAAUACUGUUCGGCCUCUUGACACAUAACCCCAGAUCUCCUGGAAUCAAACUGACUCAGACCCUCGGAGUCAUGGCGCCAACACUCCUUCUUGGGAUGGCACUUCUCAUCAGCGCGUUCAGCUUCCUCAUUGCCGCGUUCUCCAAGGCAGAACUUCGUUUGUUUCUCUCGUUCUUACUCCUCGAGGCUUGCAAUGGCGUCUACGUCCCGAGUAUGGCGUAUCACCGGAGCAUGAUCGUCAAAGAUUCUAGCCGGGCUUUGGUGUAUGGGUUGAUGAAUAUACCCCUAUUUAUCUUUGUUAUUGUUGCGUUGGCUACUACUACUAGCGGUGAUAGAGCGGAACAUAGACAGACGGUCUUCUUAUUGUUGGCCGAGUUGCUUUUGGCGGCGGCUGUUGCUGUUGCCGUGGGGCUUGGGAUUCCGGGGUUCUGCUCACAUUUAUCACGCGUACCAGAUAGUACCUUGGAUGAUAUAGAUUCGUCAAGGGAGGAUGAGUUGAAAGUAGCUCAUGUAUGACAGAUAUAGAAUGUAAUUUAGGC